CAGUCAGUCAGUCACAGUCAGGUACACAACAGACUGAGGUCGGCCGAGACAAGAAACAGAGAACAGACACUGGUUGCUCAAAGACACUCCAGCUCAGGGAGGGCACAGAAAACCUGCCCUAUGUGUGGUUCCUCUCAAGGCUUCACAGCCUACUCCUGUGACUGCACCACAGCCAUGUUAACCUCAGAAACAUCACCCCAGAGCUCGGGGAUCACCACUGAAUCAUCGACGCAGGACGUAGACAUGACCUCAUGGAGCGAGGCCGACUUUGAGGAAAAGUGCACUUACAUCGUGAAGGACCAACCUUUGGACGAGGAACCCGAAAACAACAGCAGGACGCGAGCUGAGAGAUCCUUACCCAGAAACCUGGCCCUGAAGCACCGCCACGACUCAGCAGAGGUGCUUGGGGUUACCAGCAAGGAGUUGAUUCCUAAGGGGACACGUUUUGGCCCUUUGGUGGGGGAGACCUACACCAACGAAACUCUGCUGAAAGACGCGAACAGAAAGUACUUUUGGAGGGUCUUCUCAGAGGGGCGCUUACACCACAUCCUGGACGGUUUAAAAGAAGAGCAGAGCAACUGGAUGCGUUACGUCAACCCAGCAUGCAACGUGGCCGAGCAGAACCUGGUUGCCUGCCAGAGCGGCUUGGACAUCUUCUUCUACACCGUGAAGCCCCUUCAGCCAGGACAGGAGCUGCUGGUGUGGUACUGCUCUGAGUUUGCCCAGCGCUGCAACUACCCUCCACUGGGGCAAUUGGCUAUUGAUAAUACUGAACAGACUCGAGAGAAGACCACAGGGAAACGAGGACACAGCGUCUCUGAAAUCCUUCGAGACGAGCCCUCCACAUCCCUGUCUGCACGGCCCAGGCGUUUGGACAGUCCUUUGUCUCAGACCAAUGUCUCAGCAGUUUUUCCCUUGUGUCCCCAUGUUGUCUACCCACCCUCAGAGUCUCUGCAUGCUCACAGAUAUGCACAUCUACCGCCUCUGCCCUCCUGCAACCCUCCAGCCGCCAAAAGGCCAGCACUAAGUGUCCCCUCGAGUUUGCGCUUCACUUUUCAGCACAGUCAAAGCCCUGUUGUUGCCAAACCUUACCAGGAACCCUCGGUGCCUGAUCACAUUCAUCCCGCUCUGAGGCACGGCCCUUAUCUGCUGCCUCACUACUCACUCGGCCUUCUACCUCACUCGUACCCGUUCUACAGCGACCGACUGAAACCUCGUUUGACCCUCUCGUCUCAUUUGCCGCCUUUUGACAACUAUGCACACUUUCUACAUCCCUUAGCCAAUGGCUGCAAAGACUCAACACUUCCACCGUCCAAACCAGACCUCAUUCUUUCACCAACCCAUGAGCACAAAGACAGAAAGGACCUCAUAUCCAAAAAGACAAACUACCUCAGACAUCCUCCCAGUGACCUCAGAGAUUUCAAACCUCCCAGCAACAUUCCCACAGACCUCACUGUACCUUCCACAUCCAGUGCCUCUUCCAUGGUGACUGAGCUCCGCAGAGCGCUGCCCUCUCUUGCACCUGGAGGAUGCUCGCCGCCUGUGGGCAUGGCUGCCUCCUCAAACUGCCUCCCCUCCAAACCUACCUCUGCCACUCAGAACAAUACUGAGGACCCAAUGGACCUCAGGAAAACCAAACGAGAAGGGCAGAUCAUUGGCUACAAGACCUUGUCCUACCCUCUCACCAGGCAGAACGGAAAGAUCCGGUAUGAGUGCAACAUCUGUGGAAAGGUCUUUGGGCAGCUGUCCAACCUCAAGGUCCAUCUGCGAGUACACAGUGGCGAGCGUCCCUUUAGGUGUCAAACCUGCAACAAGAACUUCACUCAGCUGGCGCAUCUGCAGAAACACUAUUUGGUUCACACAGGCGAGAAGCCUCAUGAAUGCAAGGUGUGCCAUAAGAGAUUCAGCAGCACUAGUAACCUGAAGACCCACCAGAGGCUGCACUCUGGUGAGAGGCCUUACCAGUGCAAGCUCUGCCCGGCCCGCUUUACUCAGUUCAUCCACCUCAAGCUCCACAAACGCCUCCACAGUGGUGAGCGACCUCACCGCUGCCCUCACUGCCCUUGUGCCUAUCUCCACUACUGCAGCCUGCAAGUGCACCUCCAGGGCUUCUGCCCUCUGUCGCCCUCAGCCUCCCACAGACACUCGCCGGAGGAGCUGCACAAAGUCAACACUGAGAUCGAGGGGUUCGACAUGAGUGAGGCAGCGGAGCAGCUCGAGGCCAUGGCUGCAGAGGUGGUGAUGGACAAGGGGAGUAUUUUUGAUCUCAUACAGCAAAUAGAGAGUCAUGUCUCAGGCCACCAUGAUGGUGCCAGAGAGGAGACCGAGCUGAUCGUCCACAAAUCUGCAAAGGUGCGUUCUGGUGUUGAGCUGCAUCAUGACAGCCCUGUACCUCUGCAUCCAACUAGCAUCAAACUGGAGUCAGGCUGCGUAUCAGAGCCCUAAGAGAGCCCUGCUAAUCCAUUCAUAUAAUCCUUACAGGUCAGCUCAGCAGCUGUCUCUUACUGCCCUAUUUGAAGUAAAGCCUUAUCUCAAUCACGGACUGCCUCGCCUACAUGCUACAGAGACUGCAGCUUGUGAAGAAUCAAGACUUUCCCAGCAAGGCCUGGAACCAGUCACUUCAUUGAUUUAAUGUAUUUGUUAAUUUAUUAAGUUGCUAACUUUAAUCUAUAACACAUACUUGUGGUAUUUCUUUUUCUGAUAUUUGUUUCGUAUUUCUGGGACACACUGAUGGAACAACUAAACGGGUUAUGCGUAAUAAGACUUCUUUUGUGGUUUCACUGCGUGAGACUGAGUGUUUCUGUUUGUGUAGGUGUACGUAUUUAUGUCUCCUGAUUAAAGUGACGAUUACUGUACAAGCAU